ACACAUACGCCCGCACCGCCGCCCACACAGAUAUCAACGACUAGUGAACCUGUCAUCAACCUGUUGAAGCAUUCUACCUCACUACAUCUACCUCCUCCUUCCUCCCUCCUCCUUUCUCUCUACCUCCAACUCUAACUGUACCUCCACAGUUUCAACUACCAGACCCUCCACUAGUCCCUCCCUCCACCACUGCCUUCAGCAGCCUCUCCUUCAUCCACCACUACCUCCAACAGCCACUCCUUCCUCUACCACUUCCUCCAGCAGCCCCUCCUUCCUCCACCACUGCCUCCAGCAGCCCCUCCUUCCUCCACCACUGCCUCCAGCAGCCUCUCCUUCAUCCACCACUGCCUCCAACAGCCCCUCCAACCUCCACCACUCCCUCUAGCAGCCCCUCCUUCCUCCACCACUGCCUCCAGCAGCCCCUCCAUCAUCCACCACUUCCUCCAGCAGCCUCUCCUUCAUCCACCACUCCUUUCUCCAUCCCUCCUCCAGCCUCCACAUCCCCAUCUCUCCAAUACCAUGAAGACCUGGCUUGUGGCUCUCUGUGUGGCCAGCCUGGCCAGCCUGGCCACCUGCCGAAUGGGCUGGGUGUUCACCUCAGGUUACGAGAGUAUCGUCGGGCAGGUGAGCCAGACCUUCACUUGCCAGGGGAGGCCCUACGGAUACUACGCUGACGUAGACAACGCUUGUCAAGUGUUUCAUGUAUGUCUACCUAUCCAGGACGACCUGGGACAGGUGGUCCAGACAGCUCACUUCUCCUUCGUGUGUGGCAACCAGACCGUUUUCGACCAGGAGACUCUCACCUGCAACCAUCCAGCCUACGCCUUCCCCUGCGACCAGGCUCAGUCCAUUUAUGACUCCAGAAACUCUCUCUUCGGCAGAGUCGAUGAGCAGUUCUAGGGAGCUCUGUCAUCUUUCCCAGGAACUCCAGUGAGAUAGGAGCUUUUGGAUCGUUCCAGUGCCUAUCAGUUCUCUUUAUUCAUGGAUGUUUUAACGUGCUGGCACCUCUCUGAAGCUGUAAAGUUCUACGACCCCCAGAACUCUUCGGUAGAGUCGAUUAAAAGUUCUAGCUACCUCCGCCAUCUUUCCCAUGGACUCCAGUUAGCCUGAAGUUCUUCAAUCAUUCCAACGCCUACCAAGUCUCCUCAUCUUUGGAAGUUAUACACUUCUUUAAAUCUCUUAAGUUCUACAACCUCUCCAUAAUCUUCCUCAGCAACAUUCACGAAUGGUUCUGAAAGACAUCCGUAACUCCUCCUCUUGUAAAAGUUCCUGAAACUGAACCGGAAUCCUAGAUGAUCUUCCCAGAGUUCUGGGACCUCUACGCUACUCUACUUUAAGUUCUAGUUGGAUGCAAAAUACUUUUCUUAUUCUUAAAUUGGCAGCUGAUGUUAACAAGAGCUCCGGAUAGAUCCUUCCACCCUACCUAUCCACGUAUUUGAUGAUGUUAUUCCAACAGUUCUACAAGAGUGAUCUCUGCCACAUGAGAAAGUUCUAGCCAGAUUAAUAAACAGUUCUAGGAGUUUUUUCUUUCCUACCAAAAGUUAGAAUUAUUACGGAGAAAAACCUAAUGCUGACAUGUCGGUCCGUUUCGGUCCACUGUCAAGUCCCACUUCGUCCUUCUAAGACUGUUGCAGCCACGGUACUGGGACACUCAUCUUCUCAAAGAAUCUAUCCUAUUUUCCAGAAACAAAGCUUUCUUAACAAAGCUCUAGCGGCAAUAACUGACCUUAGUGAAGAUGCUUUAAUCAGUUCCGAAUGAAGACCUUUCCUACAAAGUUCGAACAAGACUUCCGAAUUCUUUAAAGGCCUCAUAAUCCUUCCAAGAACAAAUGACCUGGUCACAAGUCCUGGCUAAACUGACCAAGUUCUUAUGAAGGAUUCUCACUCCGUUGUAGGAUCCUCUCCUUACACAUCCUGUCAUGAAUGACACAGUACCUUGAAGGACCCUGAAGUUUGCUUGCUGAACGAGGUUUAAGGUACUGCAUGAAGGUCCUUAAGGCUGCUUGUCACCUGUACACCACUAUUCAAGAAUAAUUUAAUACAUGUGUAUGCACUAUAUACAACGAUAUAUACACUGUUGUAUGUAUUGCUGAGAUAUAUUAAUCUCGCAGUAUAUUUACACCACCAACAUAUACUUCCCUCGGUUUACAUUGAGUAAGAAACAUAUACGUCUCAGUGUAUAUACACUGAGAAAUUUGCAUUUCUCAGUAUAUAUACACCGAGAGACAUAUACCUCUCAGUGUAUAUAUACUAAGAGAUGCACAUCUCUCAGUGUAUGCAUACCGAGAAAUACAUAUUUCUCAGUGUAUAUACACUGAGAGAUAUGUAUAUACACUGUAUAAACAUACAGUGUAUACACACUAAGAGAGAUAUCCCUCACACUGACUACAUAUAUCCCUUACCUUCCGUGUAACCCAGCUUAUCACAAGUCAGGUUAACGACACAAUUAAGGUCGACCCACUCCAGUUAGCACUCUAACAACUCCAGUUAGCACUCUAACAACUCACUAAUUAACUUAACACACACAAUUAAGCACAAACAAUAAUAUUUCUAUACCACCAAAAUACAGAAAUAAUGAGAAAUAAA